AACGUCAAAGAGUGUAGUCGACUUAUUGAGGAUGGGAAGAAAUAUUCAGUUAUCUGUAAUAAUUGUGAUGCUCGUUAAUUAUUCAACGUCAUUUCUGACAUUUCCAAUGAGUGGUAGAACUUUCCUGGAUUCUUUUUUGAGAUCGAUUUCACCUAAUGAGAACAUUCUAGAACAUGAUUUCAUGAAGUACGCCGUUCCUGGACAUCAAUGCUAUCGCGAAUGUUCUACAAAAAGUCAAAAAGUCUGCUAUUUUAAAUUUCAACUUGAGUAUUAUCAAGUCUUAGGAGGUGCGUGCAAUGAUUGUGCGAAAGGAAAUCAAUCGCAAUGUUUCCAUGAUCAAUGUGUUACAGCUGAUGGAUAUGAGCGUGGAUUUUUAUCAGUGAACCGUCAACUUCCUGGUCCACCAAUUUAUGUUUGCAAAGAUGACAUUGUUGUUGUUGAUGUGAAUAAUCAGAUGGAUGGAACAGCAACAACUAUUCAUUGGCAUGGCUUGCGACAAGUGGGAACACCAUUUUCGGAUGGAGUUCCAUUUAUUACACAAUGUCCAAUCUAUUAUGGAACAACAUUCAGAUAUGCAUUUCAUGCUCGAGAUCCCGGAACGCAUUUAUACCCCAGCCACUCAGGUCAACACAAAGCGAAUGGAAUUUAUGGCCCAAUUGUUGUGAGAACGGAGAAAGAAGAUUCGCCUUUGUACGACUUCGAUCCGCCAGAUUUUAUCAUGUUAGCAGCUGAUUGGAUGCAUGUUUACGCUGAACAAUAUUUUCCUGGUUUAACCAGCAAGUUAUCGAUUUUUGAGAGUCUUCUUAUCAAUGGACGUGGCCGUUUCUUGAAUAAAACAACUUGCCUUUUCUCUGAUGCCCCACUGACAAUCUAUAACGUCGAGCAGUUCAAGCGCUAUCGCUUUCGUGUCAUAAAUGCCGCAUCAAACGUGUGUCCAUUUCAAUUACAAAUUGAGAAUCACGAGAUGAUGAUAAUUGCGAGUGAUGGAUCAAGUUUCAAACCCGUGAAAGCUGACACGUUGUUUUUCAUAUCAGGUGAACGUUAUGACAUUGUUGUAGAUGCUAAUCGAGAUGAAGUGAGAGACUAUUGGGUUAGAAUACGAGCAAUGCCACCAUGUACAAAGGAGAUUGAAGAAUUCGCUAUUUUACGUUAUCACAAAGAUCCUGUUAAAGAUCAAGCUGUCGAUUUUAAUUUCAACGAUCGUAAACCUCCUGGCUGGCUCGAUGUCUUUCCUGAUGGAAGAUAUUUCAAUUCACCAAGACCCGAUUUAAUGGGAAUUAAGCUUUCGACAGUAGAAGGAAAUGUUAUUGAUAAAAGAAUCACUCAUGCAGAACCUGAUUAUUCAUUUAAUUUGUUUAUUGGAACACCUCAAUUAGAGAAUGAAGUUUUAUUCUCUGGAAAUAACACAAUUAAAUUUAUGGUGACAUCAGCUAAAGCCAACUACAAUAAUGUUGGGGUUUUCAAUAAUAUCAGUCUUACUCUACCUCACAUUUCUCUUUUAUCCCAACCGAGUGAAAUCGAUGAGAAUAUGUUUUGUGAUAAAAACAAUUAUAGAGAUAAAGAGUGCAUAGAAAAUUCAGACAUUUGUCGGUGCAUUCACCGAAUAAAAGUUCAUCUUGGAUCAAUUGUUGAGCUUAUUCUUUUUGAUAUUCAUGACACAUUGACACAUCCAUUUCAUUUGCAUGGUCAUAAAUUCUAUGUUAUGGAUAUGGGAAGUUUCAAAACUCAUAUGAAUGUCGAAAAAAUUGUGAGAAAUGACGUUCCAUCUGAUAGCAAAGAAACUAAUGAAACACCACCUCAUAAAGAUACUGUUUUGGUACCAAAUCCAGGAUAUAUUCGAGUAAGAUUUCGAGCUGAUAAUCCAGGAUUUUGGUUGGGACAUUGUCAUUUCGAUUGGCAUUUGGCUAUUGGUAUGGCUGUAAUUUUUCAAGUGGGAGAACUUAAUCAAAUGAAAAAAGAACCGAAAGGAUUCGGGGAAUGUAGGAGUUAUUUGCCAAGGCAUUUUUAAAUAUCUAUGUAAUGUGUUCAAAUAAAUUUCUGGUAAUGAAAUUAUUUCUGAUAAAAUAACAUUUGUUUUUACAUUUAAAUUAAUAAAUAGUUAAAUCAAUAAG